GCGCCGAAUUAUUAUUAAAUUUCCAAAAAAGACGUGCCUAGUCUUCUCCCUAUUUGGCUGAUUUCCAUCAGAAUUCAAGUCCUUCUCUAAUCUUUAAAAAAAUUAGAGAUUUCUGAGGGUUUAUAUUCCUUUGGAAGCUCCAAUCCAAUCAGAUUCCUUGGAAGCCCCGAUCCAAUUCUUGCGCCCACGCUCCCGAUCUUAUUGCAUCCAGAAAUUCUCCUAAAAGGUCGAUUCUUUUUCAGCCAUGAGUUCUAAUUCGUCUUCGAGGCGAUGCGCGAGGAGGAGCGUUAGGGAUUCGAAUCGAUCGAAGACGAAUCUCGACAUCGACCUCAACUCUGCAUCGGUGAUAGAUCUUGAGGCUAGUGACGACGACGAUGUUCAGAUGCUGUCGUCUCCGAGAGGGUUUCCUCGGGCGAGGACUCUGUUAAGGAAGAGGAAGCGUCCAGAUGUAGUUGUUCUGGAUGAAGAGCCUGGAACUCAUUCAGCUCCUAUAAAUGAUCCUAUAAUCUUACGGAGCAUCAAUUGGCGCAACAGGAGGCGAAGAAUUCCGCCAAACAGAUCUAUUAUUAAUUGCGAAACUUAUUUGAUUUCAGAAGAUGAUCUUAGUGCCAAGAGAAAGAAAGUGAGCGAGCCUGUGCAGGAAAAGGCAGUACCUAAAGAGCCGUCUUAUAUUUGCCCUAUUUGCAUGGGCGAAUUAGUUUCACCGUGCUCAACAAACUGUGGUCAUAUAUUUUGUGAAGGGUGCAUCAAAUCUGCCAUCCAAGUGAAGAAGCAAUGUCCUACUUGCAGGACUAAAUUGACCAUGAAAAAGAGCUUUCAUAAAGUGUUUCUUCCUACUUCCACCAACUAGUGAGUUGAUUUUGGAUUGAGUUGGAAGCUUUUUUUUUUCUUUUGGACUAUCAUGAUGUUGGUAUUGGUCUGUAUCCAUAUAGUUCUUUGCUAUUUUAUUCAACAUACAGUAGAAGCUAAUAGAAAAUCAUUGGCUAAAAUGUUAUAUUUAUAGUAGAAGCAAUUGAGUCUCUUUUAUUUA